CUUCCUGCCAGCCAGCCAACGGUAGCAUAUCGAAGGAGCGAAGGGUCGGGGGCGGGGCCGGAAGUCUGGAAAGUCAACCGGACGAGGAGGACUACGAGUACGACGAUGAGGAUGAACCGAGCCGGGAAAACGGGGAGAACGAGAUCGGCCACCCUGGCGGAGGAGGUGGAUCGGCUACGCAGCUGCUCACCAAGAACCAAACCAUCGAGACGGAGCAGGGCGAAAUGGUGACGCUACCCUGCCAGGUGCACAAACCGGCCGAAAACACAAUCGUCAUGUGGUGGAAUGGGACCCAGAUGUUGUACACCAAGACCACCAACUUGACCAGCAACCGGCGGCUGACCCUCGGCAGGGACUCUUCGCUGACGAUCCGGGACGUCCAGGUCGAGGACGAUUCCAUCUACAAGUGUACGGUGCUGCCGAUCCAGAAGUCCGCCUUCAUCACCCUGAAGGUGAAGAGGUAAGUGUUCAUUUUUUUU